CUCCUCGUCGUUCCAGGAACUUCCUUUGGCGCUAAUGUCGCAGCACGUUGAUAUUUCUUCCAGCUUCCGUUUUUGAGAGCUUGUAUGAAAUAAGCUAAUCCAGAAAAUGGCAAAGUCAAAGAAUCAUACAAAUCACAAUCAAAAUCGCAAAGCUCAUCGCAAUGGCAUCAAAAAGCCUAAGAGGUACAGACAUGAAUCCACACUUGGUAUGGAUUUGAAAUUCCUGAGAAAUCAACGCUUUGCCAAGAAACAUAAUUUGAAACCAAAAGCUCAAUUAAAGAGGGCAGAGCAGCGAAAAGCUCUUCGUGAAGCUAAGAAUAAGAAAUAAAUUCAUUGUAUACUAAUGAUUAAAAUAAAUUAAAAACU